AUGGCUACCACGGGAAAGUCUGCAACGCUGGAAGACGCCCGUCGUGGUACGGGGUCUCCGAAGAUGAAGGGACGAGAGAACGCCAAAGAUACGCUGUGUCGCAACGUGACCAUAUAUGGCCGAUGUCGCUACGAAGAUAAAGGGUGCGCCUUCAAUCACGACCCGCAUAAAGUGAAUUCAGGAUAUCAAUCAGACAGUAAUAAGAAACGUCUGAACGUCGACUCCCCUAGUUUUACCCCAUCCAUAUUGUCGUCGAAUGGAUCAUCGCCCACUUCCCAAUCAGCAACCAUGAAGAAAAUGGCUACGAUCUCGCCCAAGGCUGCGAGCGCAGCUCCCUUCCAACCUAGAAGUAUAUCAUCACGAUCCAACUCCAGCACCCCUACUACUCGCCCGGGUACAAUGACCCCCGAUUGGUCUGUGGCAGAGGUACAAGAGUUUGUACCUCAGGGAUUUGAUACUGCACAUAUGGGCUCCCUGCAAGGCAAUGGGACUGCCGGUGUUCCCAGCACGAGCGCUUUCGACCCUUUUGUGACCGCCCCGAAUCCCCUCUCUGCAGCAAACGCCGUCGGCCCGGUGCAGGCCAAUCCUUUCUCGCAUGACACUGCUGCAGCGUUGAACGGAGCAGCGUUUUUCGCCAACCAGUCUGGAUUCCAGCAGCCAGUCCAAUAUCACAUGUAUGCCCCGAUUGGGCCUCACAGUCAGAAUACGUUAGGCUAUCAGCGAAACGUACACGACCUUUUCCUCCCUAAUGACCUACGGGAGGAAAUGCAGAAGAAGGCGGCAGCCACGCUCCAGACACUGCCAAAUACUCAGCUUCCAGCUCAGGUCGAUUACUUCCACUCUCUUGUCCCGCUCGAUCUCAACCAUCAGAAGAACGCUACCAUCUUUGGCUUCCCCAGCUGGGUGUACAAAGCCCAGUCCAGUAAGGACGGAAACUUUUACGCUCUCCGGAGACUCGAGGGUUUCCGGUUGACGAACGAAAAAGCCAUCCGCUCCGUGCAAGCUUGGAAGCGUGUCUGCAACGGUAGUGUCGUGACAGUCCACGAUGCGUUUACUAGCCGAAGCUUUCAGGACAGCUCCUUGAUCUUUGUCACCGACUAUCACCCAUUGUCGAAGACGCUUGCUGAGCAACACCUUGGCGCCGGAAACCGAUUCCAAGGUCGCCAUAACACGCACAUCCCGGAACAGGUUCUCUGGGGUUACAUGACUCAGAUUGCCAAUGCUUUGAAAGCGAUCCAUGCCAGUCAACUGGCUGCCAGGAUCAUUGACCCAAGCAAGAUCCUUUUGACUGGGCGAAACCGCAUUCGUCUCAACGCCUGCGCCAUAAUGGAUGUGGUUCAAUUCGACACCCAGCGAUCUCUGGCCGAACUGCAGCGGCAGGAUUUGGUCAACUUUGGACAGCUCAUCGUCACCCUGGGCGCCAACCAGCCCAAUGUUAUGCACAACCCUACCAAGGCCAUGGAGCACUUCACACGCGCAUACACUGCGCAGCUGAAGAACUCGGUCUUCUGGCUGCUGAACGGGCUCCAAAAGGACCAGGAAAGGAAUAUUGACAUUUUUAUCACCGGCAUCUCAUCGACACUGAUGUCGACGUUCGACUCCGCCCUUCACCUCGACGACCAAUUGACCUCCGACCUGAGUCGCGAACUCGAGAACGGUCGCCUCGUCCGGCUCAUGACGAAGCUGAACUUUAUCAACGAGCGACCCGAAUACGAGCACGAUCGUCAAUGGUCAGAGAACGGCGAGCGGUACUUCUUGAAGAUCUUCCGCGAUUACGUCUUCCACCAGGUUGACGCGCAGGGCGAUCCAGUCGUCGACCUGGGCCAUGUGAUCAUGUGCCUGAAUAAACUGGACGCAGGCACCGACGAAAAAAUCACCUUGAUCAGCCGCGACGAGCAGAGUUGCUUCGUGGUCAGCUAUAAGGAGCUGAAGAAAGCUCUGGAAUCGUCAUUCCAGGCGCUGCUGAAGCCUUCGGCCAGUAGAAGGCUGCAUUGA